AUGGUGUGUCAGCUCCACGAUGGCAUGAUGGCGCGAGUCACGGACACUGCAGCUGUCUCAGAGGCAUUGGCAGUGAUCAACGGAAUGAAGCAGGGCUGCGUCCUCGCGCCUACACUCUUCAGUCUCAUGUUCUCUGUCAUGCUGAUGGACGCCUACAGGGACGAACGCCCCGGGAUCCGCAUCGCCUACAGGACGGACAACCAACUCAGCCAUCGGCGGAUACACAUGCAGUCCAGUGUAUCAACAACUGCCUUUCAUGAAUUUCUCUCCGCCGACCACUGCCCCCUCAACGCCACAUCCGAAGGGCACAUGCAAAGGAGCAUGGAUCCCUUCUCCGCCGCCUGCGAGAACUUCGGCCUGGUCAUCAACACGGAGAAGACGGCUGUUAUGCACCAACCGCCACCCGACGGUGCCAACAAAGCACCCCAAAUAAACGUGAACGGCUCACAGCUCCAAGCUGAGGACAUAACUUACUUGGGCAGCACACCCCCGCAACACCAACAUCGACGUUGA